GUGUGCACAAAAUUAAUAAAAUCCUCUCAAAGCCGGCUCAUCAUCUCUUUUAACUAGCUUUCAACAAAAAAUAUAUAGUUUUUUUUUUCAAUCUGAAGGGCAGCUUGUGGCAGGGAAUUUGAUCAGUGACUUUUAUCCACUCAAAGGAAGCUUGAUUAAUUCUUCGAAAUGAGUGACACUGCUGGAAAGGUGAUUGUCUGCAAGGGGGCUGUGGCCUGGGAGGCAAAGAAGCCGCUGGUCAUCGAGCAGAUCGAGGUGGCGCCCCCGAAAGAGGGUGAAGUUCGCCUUAAAGUGUUGGCCACUGGAGUGUGCCACACCGACGCCUACACCCUGGACGGUCACGACCCCGAGGGCAAGUUCCCUUGCGUUCUUGGACAUGAGGGUGGAGGCGUUGUCGAAAGCGUGGGCGCCGGGGUCACCGAGUUCCAGCCAGGUGACCACGUCAUUCCUCUGUACAUUCCGCAGUGCCGGGAGUGCAAAUUCUGCAAGUCCCCAAAGACCAACCUUUGCGGCAAGAUCAGAGCUACUCAGGGCCAGGGCUUGAUGCCCGACGGCACCAGCAGGUUCUCCUGCAAGGGCAAGGAACUCUUCCACUUCAUGGGCUGCUCCACCUUCAGCGAGUACACCGUCGUCUCUGUCCAUUCCCUUUGCAAGGUCGAUUCAAAAGCUCCUCUGGAAACGGUGUGUCUGCUCGGUUGUGGAAUCUCAACCGGCUACGGAGCUGCCCUGAACACUGCCAAGGUGGAACCUGGCUCAAAAUGUGCCAUCUGGGGCUUAGGAGCCGUCGGUUUGGCCGCAGCCAUGGGCUGCAAAGAGGCAGGAGCUUCGACCAUUAUUGGCGUGGACGUCAACCCUGACAAGUUUGAAACAGCCAAGAAAUUCGGCUGCACUGAUUUCGUGAACCCGAAGGACUACGACAAGCCUAUCCAAGAAGUGCUGGUGGACAAGACCGAUGGUGGUCUUGACUACACCUUUGAGUGCGUCGGCAAUGUGCAGACCAUGAGAGCUGCCCUGGAGGCUUGCCACAAGGGCUGGGGCACUUCGGUGAUCAUUGGCGUGGCCGCUGCCGGACAGGAAAUUUCCACUCGACCCUUCCAGCUUGUGACUGGACGCACAUGGAAGGGAACAGCCUUCGGAGGCUGGAAGAGCAAGGACAGCGUGCCCAUGCUUGUGGAGAGGUACAUGUCCAAAAAGAUGAUGGUUGACGAAUUUGUCACACAGAAAAUGCCCCUGGACCAGAUUAACGAAGCCUUCCACCUAAUGCACGCUGGCAAAAGCAUUCGAAGUGUGGUUCAGCUUUAAAUGGUGCUAAAAACAAAAAGAAGACUUCAAUUUUUCUAUAAUUAUAAUUAAAUAAAAAUUGGUUUCUAGAAUAAUCUGCUCAAAGUUUAAAAAUAAGAUAGGGACCAUUGGAAAUUCAAAUUUUUUUUUUU